AAAAAUACAAUGGCGAAGUGAGCUGAACUAAAAUUCUUGUUGUUGACAUCUGGUCGUCGAUGUUGCUGUGUAAAAUACUUUAUACCGAGAAUACGCAUUUGUGAUAACUAGUUGUGAUUACUUACAAAAAAAAAAAAAAAACAAAAAAGGGAAACAGUUUUUUUUCGAAAUAUUUUAUGGAUUGUGCUAUCAAAUAGUAACAAGCUAAGACAGCAACAGAGAACAAGCGGCAACAACCAAACAACAAUAACAACAAAAUCAACGGAACUGAAACCAAGCGGCACGCACACACACACUCAAAAAAGAAACACACACAUAUAUACACAUUGCAAAGUUGAGGCCCAAAUAUGGAUUUGAUUAGCAUUGGACAAAGCGUUAAAAUCAAACGCACAGAUGGACGCGUGCAUGGAGCUGUGGUAUCCAAAGUGAAUCCCACAGCGCGCUGCAUUACCGUAGAAUGGUACGAACGUGGCGAGACCAAAGGCAAGGAGGUUGAACUGGAUGCCAUAUUGUCACUAAAUCCAGAGCUGGCCAGCUCUGAGGGUGCGGACAGUGCACAGCAUACAGCUCCGGAGCCCAAAAAGCAAGCCACAGCGCCCAACAAUCUAUCGCGCAAUCCCACACAGUCCACAAUCGGAGGCGGCGGUGGUCAAACAACACGCCUCACCUUAACCAGCAAUAUGCUAAACAAAAUCAACGAGACAGCCGUCGGCACCCAGCAUGGCAAUGCAACAGGAACAGCAACAGGCCUGAUGCGUCCACGCUAUGUCCAAAGCUCGUCCACCAGUGCUGCACCGAUUCCACAAACGCGCACCAUAUCCACGCUGCCCACAAGCAACAGCAGCAAUGCGGUGCAUCAUCUCAACAGUGAUCGCAACACAGUUACAGGCAUUGCCACGGCAAACAAUUCGACAGCCACAACCACAGCAAGCACUGCCGCUGGCGCGGCUGCUGCCUCGGCGAGCUCAGUAACGGGACAGCGGCGUUCGCAUGCCUUAAAGGAAGUGGAACGCCUCAAGGAGAAUCGUGAAAAGCGUCGUGCACGUCAAGCUGAAAUUAAGGAGGAAAAGGUUGCGCUUAUGAAUCAAGAUCCCGGCAAUCCCAAUUGGGAAACGGCGCAAAUGAUACGCGAAUAUCAGAGCACACUCGAGUUUUUCCCGCUGCUCGAUGGCCAAGUCAUCGACGAUCAUCAGAUUACAGUUUGUGUGCGCAAGCGUCCGCUUAGCCGCAAGGAAGUAGGACGCAAGGAGAUCGAUGUCAUAUCGGUGCCCCGCAAGGAUGUCCUCAUGGUGCAUGAGCCGCGCAACAAAGUUGAUUUAACCAAAUUCUUAGAAAAUCACAAAUUUCGCUUCGAUUACGCGUUCAACGAUACUUGCGACAAUGCUAUGGUAUACAGAUAUACAGCAAAGCCUUUGGUUAAGACCAUCUUCGAAGGUGGCAUGGCGACUUGCUUUGCUUAUGGCCAGACUGGAUCUGGAAAAACACAUACCAUGGGCGGCGAGUUCAAUGGCAAGGUGCAGGAUUGUAAAAAUGGCAUCUACGCAAUGGCAGCCAAGGAUGUGUUCAUGACAUUGAGCGGUCCACGCUAUCGCUCGCUCAAUCUUGUCGUCUCGGCCAGCUUCUUUGAGAUUUAUAGCGGCAAGGUCUUUGAUUUGCUAGCGGAUAAACAGAAGCUGCGCGUGCUGGAGGACGGCAAGCAACAGGUGCAAGUGGUUGGCCUCACCGAGAAGGUGGUGGACGGCGUCGAGGAGGUGCUCAAGCUUAUACAGCACGGCAAUGCGGCGCGCACAUCGGGCCAGACUUCGGCCAAUGCCAAUUCGUCGCGCUCCCAUGCUGUAUUUCAAAUUGUGCUGCGUCCCGCGGGCAGCAGCAAGAUUCACGGCAAAUUCUCGUUCAUCGAUUUGGCGGGCAAUGAGCGUGGCGUCGACACCUCAUCGGCGGACAGGCAGACGCGCAUGGAGGGCGCCGAGAUAAACAAAUCGCUGCUGGCACUCAAGGAGUGCAUUCGAGCAUUGGGCAAACAGUCGGCACAUUUGCCGUUCCGCGUGUCCAAACUGACGCAAGUGUUGCGCGAUUCGUUUAUUGGCGAGAAGAGCAAAACAUGCAUGAUAGCCAUGAUAUCGCCGGGUCUGAGCAGUUGUGAGCAUACGCUGAAUACACUGCGCUAUGCCGAUCGUGUCAAGGAGCUGGUGGUCAAAGAGGUGCCCGAAGCUGGUCUAGGCGACAGCGAUCUCAUUGAGAUUAUGGACGACGAGGAGGAGGAGGAUGAUCAGCAACUGGAUGAGCUGGGCGGCAUGCCGCAACAUUCUGGACAUCACCAUGCCCACCAUCAGCAUCACCAUGCCUCACUGCAGCAGCGCACUCACAAUAACAACAAUAAUAACAGCAAGAACGGCAAUGGAGCCAACAUGGAUCUGGCCAUGCUGAGUUCGCUGAGCGAACACGAAAUGUCGGACGAGUUGAUUGUGCAACAUCAGGCCAUUGAUGACUUGCAGCAAACGGAGGAGAUGGUCGUCGAAUAUCAUCGCAGUGUGAAUGCAACGUUGGAGAAUUUCCUAGCUGAAUCGAAGGCAUUAUAUGAUUUAACCAAUUUUGUUGAUUAUGAUCAGGAUGCGUAUUGCAAACGUGGCGAGACCAUGUUCUCAACAUUAUUAGAAAUUGCCAUACAAUGUCGUGAUAUGAUGGCCGAAUAUCGUACCAAAUUGGCCAAAGAGGAGAUGUUGUCUUGCAAUUUUAAGCCGCAAAAUAACAAACGUUAGAAAUUCCCAGCAAACACACACCACACACACACA